AUGGAUCCUAAAGAUAAAUUGCCAAGUAGAACUGCAUCGCCUAGCCCUUCUUUAAGCUCAGCUUCUAGUAAUAAUAGCACCGCUAGGAGACUUGGCUCAUUACAGCCAGAAUUACCUGCUCCUGGCAGAUUAGCAUCUGUUAGAACCAUUCCAACAGGUCAUUACUUUCUACCAACCUCUUCAAGGGUGACACUUCGUGGAACACAGAAAAUGAGAUUUGUUCCUACU